AUGUUUGUUCCGGGAAUGAAUCUUAACGUAAGAUUAUUCAGGUCUCUGUACCAGCAUUCUCUUACUCGUGCUUAUGGCACAAAAUUACCUUCUGAAUUAGUAGUGUUUAUGGAUGAUAUUAUGGUAGUUUGUUGGCAUCCAGAGCAACCGUUUCCAUAUAAGUAUUCAAAACCAUUACCCGAAAAGCAACCAGAGCCUGAAUCUGUUUUGAAGGUGGGAGAUACUGAAGUGAGAAAAAUGUUUCGUCCUAGAAGAGAUGAUUUGAUACCUGAAGAACUAGCUAAAAUAACAUAUACUUGUAAACAUCAGUGGUACCCUAGAGCUAGAGAUAAAAAAGCUAAAAAAACAGUACCAGAUAGGCCAUAUUUAUAA